AAUACGCCAUUUUCGUUGGCGUGAACAGCUGAAGAGAUACUGCGUACCUGGAAAGCGAGGGGUAGCCGCUAAUACGUGUCUGUACACUGAGGGAGUUGAAUGAACGUUCGUCAGAAGAAAAUCGAGCACGGAGACCCGAACUGAUGGUGAGGGCGAGUCUGCAUGUCAACCCGAAAUGAUGGUGAGCGCGAGUCUGCAUGUCAACAAACUGCGACCUGCAGUGUGAAAGAAUGAAACGUGGCAGAAAAAGUCUUGAGGAUGAGUGCAGAUCACCUUUUAAAGAAUUUAAGGAGGGUUGCAAGAAGGUGAAAACCACAGAUGGCACCUCUUUUGACACCUUUGUGGACUGGAGCACGCUGCCACAGGAUGUUGUUUUGGAAAUUUUUAAAUGCCUGCCCCUUUUAGACCGGGCACAUGCCUCACAAGUUUGCAGAAGCUGGAACCAGGCCUUUCACAUGCCAGAACUAUGGAGGUGCUUUGAAUUUGAACUGAGCCAGCCUGCAACAUCUUACCUGAAAGCCACCCAUCCUGACCUCAUCAAACAGAUCAUUAAAAAACAUUCAAACCAUCUGCAGUAUGUCAGUUUUAAGGUGGACAGUAGUAAGGAAUCGGCAGAGGCUGCCUGCGAUAUACUGUCUCAGUUAGUAAACUGUUCACUUAAAACUCUGGGGUUGAUUUCAACAGCAAGGCCAAGCUUCAUGGAAUUACCAAAGUCAUAUUUUAUUUCAGCCUUGACUGUAGUGUUUGUCAACUCGAAAUCCCUCUCUUCACUGAAGAUUGAUGACACACCUGUAGAUGAUCCCUCUCUUAAGGUGUUGGUGGCAAACAACAGUGAUACCUUGAAACUCCUAAAGAUGAGCAGCUGUCCACAUGUAUCUCCAGCUGGUAUCCUUUGUGUUGCAGAUCAGUGCCAUGGCUUACGAGAGCUUGCUCUGAACUACUAUUUAUUAAGUGAUGAGUUGCUACUGGCUUUGUCCUCAGAGAAGCAUGCGAACUUGGAACAUCUCCGCAUUGAUGUGAUGAGUGACAAUCCUGGACAGACACAGUUUCACACUAUUCAGAAGAGCAGUUGGGAUGCCCUCAUGAGGCACUCACCAAAAUUCAAUUUGGUCAUGUACUUUUUCCUUUAUGAAGAAGAGUUUGGCCCUUUUUUCCGAUAUGAAAUCCCUGUCACUCAUCUCUACUUUGGUCAUUCUGUUAGUAAGGAUGUGCUAGGUAGAGUGGGCAUGACCUGCCCUAGAUUGGUAGAGCUUGUUGUAUGCGCCAAUGGGCUGAGACCUUUAGAUGAGGAGUUAAUCCGCAUUGCUGAACGUUGCAAACAACUCUCUGCAGUUGGACUAGGUGAGUGUAAAGUAUCCUGCAGUGCUUUUGUGGAAUUUGUGAAAAUGUGUGGAGGCCGGCUAUCCCAGCUUUCUAUAAUGGAGGAGGUACUCAUUCCAGACCACAGGUACAAUCUGGAGCAAAUACACUGGGAGGUCUCCAAGCACUUAGGCCGGGUCUGGUUUCCUGAUAUGAUGCCUACAUGGUGAAAGGCUGAUGGAUACAACCUGAAAUGUAUCAUUGUUAAAACAUUUUGUAACAACAAAUAAAGGACAAUCAUUUAGUGAUUUGUGAUAAUAGUAACAGCACACUCACAAUCCACAGUUUUUGUGCUUUAUAUAUCUAAGCCUGCUCAAUGAAUUCACGAAUACACUUUUAAGUGCAGUAGUGCUUAGGUGAUAUCUUGUGAAUAGUUUGUGUUAUUCACUGAAAUGGUGUCCAGCUGGCUGAACAGUUGAAGGCAACAUAUUAGGAAUGAUUGACUUUGUUUUCUUUGGCAGGAACAGAGGUUGACCUACUGACAAACAUUAUUUUAUAAGCAAUGAAAAUAUUUGUAAAUAUUGUACAAUUGUCCAACUCCUAAUUGUGCACACUUUGUGCUCUUUUAUACAUAUUUGAACUUUGUACAUUCCAGAAAAAUGUUUUUGUUUCUUUUAGUCUGGGUACAUAUAUGAUUCUGGCCAGUUUCAGCAAUGAUAUUGUAGAAAAGUGCAGGCCAAAUUUCAGACUCGGCCUGCACAUAAGGAAACGUGUGAAGAAUCUGUUGCAGUCGGCAGAUAGCUCGGAAAUAUGUUGUAAGGCCUAAAAUUGUAAGGUAGUGUUAAUUAUUGAGCUAAUUGUAUAGUAUGUAUAUAAGUGAGCAUUUUAGUGUAUAUAUCAUAUGACUGAAGUCUGUUUAUAUAUAUAUAUAUAUAUAUAUAUAUAUAUAUAUAUAUAUACACACACAUACACACACACACACACCCACCCACCCCUAUACAUAUAGUAUGUAUACAGCGAUCAUUCACAAUUUUAAAACCACUUGCCUAAUACUGUGUAGGUCCCCCUUGUGCUGCCACAACAGCUCUGACCUGUUGAGGCAUGGACUCCACAAGACCUCAAGGUGUGCUGUGGUAUCUGGCAAGUAUGUGCUGUGUGCUCAAGGUGUGCUGUGGUAUCACCAAGUCGCUAGCAGCAGAUCCUUUAAACCCUGUAAGUUGCAAGGUGGGGCCUCCGUGGAGUGAACUUGUUUUUCCAGCACAUCCCACAGAUGCUCGAUCGGGUUGAGAUCUGGACAAUUUUGAGGUUAAGGCAACGCCUUGAAUUCUUUAUGUUCUUCAGACUAUUCCUGAGCAAUUUCUGCAGUGUGUCAGGGCACAACUGCUGAAAGAGGCCAUGGCCAUCAGGAAAUAUUGUUGCAAUGAAAUGAUGCAUGUAAUCUGGAACAAUCUAAAUGAUGGUGGUACGUGUCAAAGUAGCAUCUACAUGAAUCCUGGGAAGCAAAGUUUCCCAGCAUCACAUUGUCACCGUCAGCUUGCCUUCUUCCCAUUGUGUAUCCUGCUACCAUCUCUUCCCCAGGUAAAAAACACACGUGGCUAUUCAUAUGGUCUAAAAGAAAAUGUGAUUCAUCGGACCAGGCAGCCUUUCUCCAUUGCUCUAUAAACCGGCCGUGACACUCAUGUCCAUAGUAGGUGCAUUCAACAGUAAACAGGGGUCAGCAUGGAAACUCUGACUAGUCUGCAGCUACGUCAACCCAUAUGCAAUAGGCCUGUGUAUUCUGAGCCCUUUCUCUCAUGGUUAGCAUUUAGUUUUCAUCAGUUUGUGCUACAGUAGUGCCUCUGUUGGACCAGACCUGAUGGGCUAGCCUUUGCUCCCCACGUGCAUAAAUUAGCCAUGGGAGCUCAUGAUUUUGUUGCCAGUUUACCAGUCGUCUAACAUUUGUAUUAAGUACUAACCACUGCAUACCAGGAACACCCCACAAGACCUACCAUUUUGGAGAUGUUCUGGCCCUUGUCAAAGUCACUCAGAUUCUUAUGCUUGUCCAUUUUUCCUUCUUCCAACGCAUCACCUUCAAGAAGUGACUGUUUAGUUGCUACCUAAUCUAUCCCACCCACUAACAGGUGCCCAUUGUAAUGAGAUAAUCAAAGUUAAUUCACUUCAUCUGUCGGUGGUUUUAAUACUGUGGCUCAUAUGUCUGUGUGUGUGUGUGUAUAUAUAUAUAUAUAUAUAUAUAUAUAUAAAAUAAAAAAUGAACAACAGUCUCAAGUGCUUAAUAGCUUAUCUAAAAAAACAAUCAUUCUAAAAAGUAUUAUUUGAUAUACUGUAUAUAAUAUAUGCAUAUCCAUAGUGAUUUGCUGCUUAAUGUGUAUUUUUCAAGGAAGCUUCAGAAAAGUGACCACAAAAGCGGGUUCUGAUUUGGAUUGUGUUGCAUUUGCUGCAAAUCUUUGGCAGCUCUCCCAGUAGAUGUAGUGUGUUGUGUUAUUUUCUAGUGUGUACAGUAUGUGCUGGUUAUUGCUUCAGUUUAUGAUGAUUCUCUCUUAAAGUAGUUCCAUUUGAAGGCAUUGAGCUGUGUCUUUGAAGUACACUCUGAAGUACCCCGGUCUCCAUCGGGGUUGCUUUACUUGAAUCAGUAUUUCACACACCACCAAAGAUAAGCAGUGCUGCAGUUUUGUUUGCCUUAUCUUGUCCUCAUUUGUUUCUCCAAUCUGUUUUUCAACUUUGUGCUAAUGUAUUCUCACUUUAAUUUUGAUUAUAGUAGUUGCAAAAAUACUUCUAGCAAACAAUAAUGCAUACUAAAAUGAUAAAAGGAGUCUAAUUUCUCAAAGAGGCCUUUGUGCUAAAUCCACUAAAUAAAUAGAUGUCAUGCAUGACUUUCCAUGCAGGUCCUUUCCUUGUAGUUAAGGCUGUAAACUGUACUUAUGUGACUUAUUCUGUGAUCUUUAUGGCUUGCGAUUCAAAGUGAGGCAAUUGAAGGUCAGCAAUAAAUAUGCAAAAACAUGAAUAGCAGAUGUCUAUAUAAUAUUUACACAUAACUGGCACAAUAAUGCGUGUGUUGUUUUUGUGAACUUUUUUUUUGUAAUUACCCCCUCAUCCCAACUUCUGAAAAUUUCACACACAAAACAUUCACCCUUUACUGCCCUGGCAAGUAAAAAAGGGACUUUUACAACUGUGAAUACUAGCAGUGUCAGCCGCACAGCCGAGCACUUGCAUGUGUUCAUUAUCAUGCUACAGCCGUCACUGUCAGGGUGUAGAGGUGUACUUGUUAAUCCCAGCUACAGAGAGUUCUCACUCAUCUAGGUUUUAGGAAAGUAUACUGGGAGUCUAUUAGCUUGAUAUCAGUUUGGGGGUUAAAGGACUAAAGUGGAGUCCUCCAUUAGAAGGGAUCUGCAGUAGUCUGGGUAGGUCCAUGUUAACAUGUGGAAGUGUCCAGGCUAUAUCCAUAAAGGCUCCAGAGACUCCGUCUUGUGUGCAGUUUGUUGUGAAGGCUCAGGAACCCGGCUUGAAUUGUGAAUGCUGGGACCAGCCUGGCAUCUGUUCAGCUUGUUGUGAGGCUGCCUUAGAUCUUUCAAAAGUUGUCGUCUGGUUCUGAAUACUCGCACUGUAAAUGGCUCUACAGCAGUGUUUCCCAACCUCGGUCCUGGGGACCCCCUGUUGCUGCAGGUUUUUGUUCUAACCAGAUUCCUAAUCAGUGACAACACCUGAUAGCACUGAUCUCAUUUAAUUAGCUGCUAUUAUUUUUCUUUUAUCCUGCAUUCAGAAAAGCACCGCAGUGUGAUUUUUACAUUUAUAAGACAUUUAGAAAUAUUUCUGCUUUUGCUAUAGAUUUAAAUGCUGAACUCUCUUUAGUUGAUUUCAUUAUAUUUUGCCCUUUCUCUGUGCAGUUUUCCCCCUUCAUUGUAUCUUAUUAAUGACAAUUAAAAACGAGCAGAGCAGACACCCAGGCGAACAACACGGAAUAAUCAAAGGCCAGAACUACUUUAGCAUCAGACCCACUAAUAAGUAAGUAAUUGAUUAAUGAAUGAAAAUUAGAACACCUAGAAAAGCAGAAUGAAAUUUAAGAUGAAAAUAUUGUAAAAAGAAAAAAAUACAUUAUUCCCAUAUAACUGCUUGGUACAUUUUUAUAUAUUUAUAUAUAAUAAAUAUAUAUAUAUAUAUUACCAAACUUAGUUUUCUAAUUUCUGUAUUGUUCCCAAAACACAGAACUUGGGAAAGUUCACAGAGCUCACUUAAUUAGCCCAGGAGUCCAAUUAAAAACAGAAGCUGGUUGGAACAAAACCCUGCAGCCACAGUGGGCCCCCAGGACCGAGUUGGGAAGCACUGCUCUAUAUCAGUGGUCCCCAACCUUUUUGACAGCAAGGACCACUUUAUUAGAUGCAAAUUUUUCCACGGACCGGUCGGGGGGGGGGCAGUUUUAUACACAAUUUACAUAACAUUUCUAUUAUUAUUAAAGUUAUUAAGCAGUUCGCAUACAUUUGCAAUCUGAGAUUUUUCUUCUUUUUUUGCAUAUAACAAAGACAUAUGCUUUACAUUUGCCAAUCCAACAGAUUGCACAUCACAAACAUUAACACUGCUAUCUUUUUUUCGUGUCUGCCGUUUCUAUAGGAGGGUGACAAUGAGUUAAAUUCCAAUGGAUGUUUUCUGUUUUUUCCAAUGUUUCUGUUUGGGGAUCAUUGUGCAAACGUGCACAACUGAGCUGCGACCACAGAUCUAACUGCUCUGUGGAUGAUUCGUUCAAGCAUUUCAAGGUCACUUCGUUGUAAUGAAAGCAUCUGCUGAAUGUACUUCGUAGUAACGUGAUUUCUACAGACUCAUGUCAUAUGGGGAAACUGUCGGGACCAUAAAAAUACUUUGUUGUAAUACUCUCUCACCUCGGUCUCUCUCCUCUCUCUGCACCGCUGCAAAGCCCCGCCCACCAAGCGUUCUGAAAAAUCUGAGUCUCCAUUGCCGGCAGUUCUCUCGCGGCCCGGCUGUCAGACGGCUGCGGACCGGGGGUUGGGGACCCCUGCUCUAGAGGACAACAUGAGUGCGCUUGUGCUUUCUGCUGACUUUACAAGGUAGAGUCAACUUAUUCUCUGUGAAAUAUGCUAUAUAUAGCUUGUACAGUUUGCAGUCCAUUUCCUGAAAUUUUGCAAAUCUAUCAUGGUAUAUGGUAUAUUUUUCUACUUAAAAAGGCGCUUUUCAUUAUUUGAAAAUUAGUAUAGUAGUAUCAUUUCUUUAUAAAAAAUGUCAAGGUUUAGCAAACAAAAAGCUGAUUUAUAAUAAUACACUGGAGACGACAUUGAUGCUUACUCUGAGUAUCUUCUAUUAGCAUCAAAAUGUAUAGUUUUAGAGGUGAAUAUUCUUCCAUGAUAUUUAUUAACAUUUGGUUGAAUUCAUUUUCAUUAUGUAUUAUUUUAUGCAAUGGUACUGAAGAAUUAAAGCGUGGCGUUUCCAUGGUCCUUACCCCACUAGUGCUUUUGCUCUUCUUCAUAACGUGUUGCUCCCAUCAAAUAUGGCUGAGCAGCAUUGCAGACAAGUGAAGUAGCGGAGCUCCUAUGUAAUGUGCUGUCAGGUUGUGGGUGUCCAGUGGUGGAACUUGAAGACAACCGUGAACCUGUGAUGUCCUGACAUGGAAGGAGAAUGUUGGGCACGUGAAUUGGUGUAGGUGAGCGAUGGGGGAAAGGGAAGAUAAAACAGACCUUGUACUAAGACACUACUUGCAAGUCUGCCAAUUUGAAAAGAACUUAUUGUUGGUCAAAAUAUGGAAUCUGUAAACCA